AUGGCGUCAGGCCAUUCCCCUUCCGCGCAAACCCUGCACCCUCCAAACCCUAAUGCUCCCGACUCUCCUCCGCUCGACUUCCAGGGCGUGACUGCGGCGAUCGCGGCGCUAGCAGGCGCAGUGCACGCGCUGCCCGCGGAAGACGAUUUCCACUUCUACUGCAACUUCGCCGCUUUCCGCGCGCGUGUCUCCGCGCUCCGCCAGCGCGUGCGCGCGCUGCUCUCCCGCCUCGGCCCGCCUGCGCCGCCCGCCGCGUUGGCUCCCGCCGCGGGUGACCAGGAUGACGCUGACGCUGACGUGGACGACGUUUAUGAUUGGCUAGUCGAUGUGCUGGAUAACCGGCUGGAGAAGGUCGACGUGGCACUUGACGAGAUGCGGAAAAAGCGGAAGAAUGCGCAACCGGAUUGGCAGGGGCUGGAGGAGGAGGAGGCGGAGCAGCGGCGGGAAGCGCUUCUGCGCGAAGCGGGGGCGUUCGGCUCCGGUCUCGCGGACGCCGCCUUUUCCGCGCCCAAGGCGGGCGGAAAGCAGCAAGCAGGCGGAAGCAUGCCGGCGGCGGAGAUUGCCACGUCAGCUAGCAGCUGGCGGCGCAGCUUGCGCGGGAAGAACCGGCCGCAGGACGCGUUCGAGCCGCCUGUCGACAACUCCGACGCGCCACUCUCGUUGCCACGCCUCGAGUUCAUCGAGGCGAUUCGGCGCGAGGCGGAAGCGGAAAGCCCCGGAGAGGAGAGCGCUGAAGAGGAGGGGGUCGGGGGCGGGCGGGCAGGGGGAGAGUUGGAAGAGGGGGAGGAGGUGGAGGAAGGAGAUGGGGGGAACGAGGGCGCGGAGGGGGAGAAGGUGCGCGGAAGGGGAGAGGGGAGAGGCAGGGGCCCUCCGCGGCUGAAGUGGAGAGCGCUGAAGGAGCGCCAUCCGUUGUGGCACCGGCUUCGCCACAUCACCUACCAGCCCUGGCAGCUCUGCCCUCCGAACCUGCCGUCCCGAGCCACCACAACCGAACCAACCCCAGGCUCGGAACCACACCACCAACUCUCCCCCCCACCUCCCUUGGAAGACACACCCUUGGCAUACGUAGAAACGCGCGAGCAGCUAGCAGCCAUGGCGGAGGAGAUUAAAGCCGAGAGGGAGGUGGCAGUGGAUCUCGAGAAUCACAACUACCGGUCAUUCCAGGGCUUCCUGUGCGUGCUGCAGCUGUCGACGAGAAGGAAAGACUAUGUGGUGGACGCGGUUUCCCUGCGCGGACACAUCGGACCAAUACUGGGACCCAUGUUUGCUGACACACGCAUAGUCAAGGUGAGACUGGGGGAAUCACAGCUAGUGGGCCAGGGCCUUCCAGGGCUUUCUGUGCGUGCUGCAGCUGUCGACGAGAAGGAAGGACUAUGUGGUGGACGCUAUUGUGCUGAGGGGAGAGAUCGGGCCCGUGCUGGGACCCAUCUGUCGACACGGAGCAAGGACUACGUGGUGGACGCCAUUGCAAUGAGGGGGGAGAUUGGCCCCCUGCUGGAGGGAGCCCAUGUUUGCCGACCCUCACAUUGUGAAGGUGAUGAUGUGAGGGGCGUGAAUGGGAUGAGAGCUAUGCAGGUGAUGCACGGGGCGGACAGCGACGUGGUGAUGCACGGGGCGGACAGUGAUGUGGUGUGGCUGCAAAGGGACUUUGGCAUCUUCAUUGCGAAUCUCUUUGACACGGGGCAGGCCUCACGUGUGCUUGGGCUAGAGCGCUUCUCCCUGGCGCACCUGCUGCAGCGCUACUGCGGGGUCACGGCCAACAAGAGCCUUCAGAUGGCGGACUGGCGCGUGCGGCCGCUGCCAAGUGAUAUGCUCAAGUAUGCCAGGGAAGACACGCACUAUUUGCUCUUCCUGCACGACUGCCUUCGGCUGGAGCUCGCUGCGUCUGCCGGUGGUGGUGGUGGUGCUGCUGCUGCUCGGGCUGAUGGGAGGAUGGAUAAAGGGAAGGCUUGCGGUGAGGAGAAGGAGGAGGGAGAGGAGGAGGAUGAGGAAGGGGAGGUGUUGAAGCGCAGUAGGGACGUGUGUCUGCUGCUCUACUCCAAGCCACAGCGCACCACACACGCCCUGACAGUUCUCCUCACCCCUUGCCCCCCUCCUCCCCCCCUUCCCCAUAUUUUUUCCCUCUCCCCUCGUCCUCUGCAGGUGUUGAAGCGCAGUCGGGACGUGUGUCUGCUGCUCUACUCCAAGCCACAGCGCGCCUUCCACUCCUUCCUCCGCAACAACAGGUUAAGCACAGAGGCCUUCACCGAGGAACAGAUGGCUGUGCUCUCUGCGCUGUACACGUGGCGAGAUCAGACGGGCAGGGAGUGCGAUGAAGGGCUGGGAUACGUCAUGCCCAACCACCUGUUGCUCAAAGUCGGUGCGUUCCCCUACCUGAAGGCCCCCGUGAUUGAUUGUCCUGCACGAAUCACAUCCCAGUGA